AUGUUGCAGCCCUUCAGGUACGGAGUUUCUGCAGGGGGUUUCCGACAAAGAGCCCUGACAAAGCUGACAGACAUCAACUCACUGCUUGGACGUCCUGUACUUCAGAGUUUACACGUAAAGGUUGGAGACAAAGCUGAACUUACCAAAGCUUUUACACAGAGUGAUGUUGUUACUUUUUCUGAUUUAACAGGUGACACAAACCCUUUGCAUUUAAAUGAAGAUUUUGCAAAGAAAUCUAGGUUUGGGAGAACUAUUGUGCAUGGAGUUUUAAUCAAUGGACUUAUUUCUGCAGUUCUGGGAACUAAAAUGCCCGGUCAAGGUUGUGUGUUUCUUUCUCAGGAGAUCCGAUUUCCAGCUCCUUUGUAUACUGGAGAAGAAGUCGUAGCUGCAGCGGAGGUUAAACGACUGAAGGGUUCUAUUGCACACAUUUCAGUGUUGUGUAAAGUCAAAGAAAGUGGAAAGACUGUAAUGGAAGGGAUGGUGAAAGUCAUGGUGUCAGACAGUGGGAGCUGUUGAUCCUGUGCUGCUUUGCUAUAAAGGCCAGAAAUGUG